AUGGCAUUCCGCGAGCCCGCUUAUACGUUCUUUGUAUUGGGAGGAACUCUCGAGUUCAUCUCGCUCAACAUCCCGUUUUACUAUAUUCAAUAUUUUGCUAUCAGUGAGGGGAUCACCACCAAUGGUCUUGGGUUUUAUCUGCUGUCAAUUUUGACCACUGGAUCUGUUCUGGGGAGAAUAUUACCAAAUAUAUUUGCCAAUCUUAUUGGCCCAUUCAACAUCAUCUUUCCAUGCACGGUUAUUUCUGGGGCCAUGAUGUUCGCUUUGGUUAAUUUAUCCAGCCUGGCGGGAGUGGUCAUCGUUGCUUUCCUCUAUGGUUUCUUUACGGAAGCAUUUGUAUCGCUGCCGCCCACUUGCUUUGUCAAGCUUUCCCCGGAUCGAGCUCUUAUUGGCACCCGAAUGGGGAUGGGAUAUGCAGUAAUGACCAUCGGAAAUUUAGUCGGAACUCCAGCGGCUGGGGCCAUUCUGCAAAACCGGGGCUUCAAUGCCGUGUGGAUCUUUGGGGGUGGUGUUUCGAUUGCAGGAGGAAUAGCUAUGAUGAUCAGUAGGAAUUUCCAAGGGGGAUGGAAGCUACUAAUCAGACAGUGA